CUGACAUUCUUUUGUUUUCCCUCUCUCUAGAAGUUCCUGUUUUCAUCUUCUUCUCUCUCUAGCAAUUCAAUCUCGACUUCGCUUUUCUGGCUUUUCUGGGAAUUUUGAUUUAUUUGCCCCCAUCGUUCGCUUGAAUUACGAAUCAGAUAUCGCCGAUCGUCGUAGAUCUGCGUUGAUAUUGUUCGCUUGAUUUAUUUUUGUUGUUGUUCUUUUUAAUAUUUCCUUACACCUAUUCACCCAAAAAAAAUAUAUUUCCGUACACCUCUUCUAGAAGGAUUUCAAGAUUACCUGAAUAUUUACGUAUAUUUAUCCACAUCCGUACACAUUGUACGUAGUUAUACGAUAAACUAGGGCUUUAGACAAACGAAGAGAUGAAUCAUAAUAAUGCCUACUCCGGCAACUUGACCACACCGUCGGAGAGCUCAUUGUUGAUAAGUCGCUCGGGAAUCGCCUUGAAUUGGACCACUGCAGAAGACGACAUUCUGAUUCAACUCCUUGAUAGUUAUUCGUCGGACUCGCGUAGUGCUGUUACACGUUACUUGCAAAUCCUCGAAUUCCUUCAGGACAAGACUAUCAGGGACGUUGCUGCACGUAGCAGAUGGAUAUAUAACAAAAAAAUCGCCAAGAAAAAAAAAGAAGAUCACAAUGGAUUGGGAACAACCAGAGUUGACAACGAGGAGAUUGUUAAUAUGGUGCUGGCAUCACAAGUGUAUCAACCAUCACAGGUGUUUCAACCAUCUCAACAUGGGGUUCACAAUGAGCUUCUUAAUCAUAAUAAGCAAUGGUUCAACCAGAUUUAUGCAAAUCUCACAUUCUUAAACCUCACAGACAACUUAGACCUUUUCAGAAAAAUCCGGGAGAACAUCAAAAGCCUUCUCAAAGAUUUGAAUGAGAAUGUGUCGGAGACAUGGAAGAAUAUGCCAUCAUCAUUGCCGGAGAAGUUGAACGAUGAACUAUUUCUUGGCCUAGAUAAAGCAAUCCCAUCUACAUCAAAUCUACCAUGAAUGAUUCUAUCUUAGCUGAAAAGCAUUAGCUUAGAACACAUGUUUUAGACUUAUGUAAUCUGUUGAUUUAUUAAUCAAAGACUUUUUUUUUUCUUUUUUUCUGGGUUUAACAUAUUGAACAAAAAAAUAUAUCAAACUUUCUCUU